AUGGGUUGUUUCAAAGCCAGGCUUCCUGUUCUAUUGCUUCUGGGUUCUGUUUUCCUGGCAGUGGCCUCCGUUGGCCUUGCCCACUGGGAAGAUGAUGAGAACUCGGAAUACCGAGUCUGUGUGAAAAAUUGUGUCUUUCAAAGUGAUGCUUCCAGGUCUUUUGACUGCCCUGCUCGUUGCAGGCCGAAGAGGGAGCGGCAUGGGGAGAAGGAAGAAGCAGCUGAACGGGACCCACGUCUUCCCGACCCUCGCCAUCCAUGGCGGCCGGGACAGACUGAAGAAGGAGAGGGGGAGGAGACGGAGGGGCAGAAACCUCAGUGGCAGAGAGAGAGGGAACAACAACAAGACCGGAAGAAGGAGAAGAAAGACAACAGGAACGUCCACAACGACAACCUCGUCCUGGGAGGCCGGAAGAAAGAGAAGAAGGACAACAAGAACGUCCACACCGACAAUCUCGUCCAGGGAGGCCGCAAGAAGGAGAAGAAGGACAAAAAGAACGUCCACAACGACAAUCUCGUCCGAGGAGGCCAGAAGAAGGAGAAGAAGGACAACAAGAACGUCCACACCGACAAUCUCGUCCUGGGAGGCCGCAAGAAGGAGAAGAAGAACAACAAGAACGUCCACACCGACAACCUCGUCCCUGGAGGCCCGAAGAAAGAGAAGAAGGACAACAAGAACGUCCAGAACGACAACCUCGUCCUUGGAGGCCGGAAGAAAGAGAGCAAGAACGUCCACACCGAGAACCUCGUCCCUGGAGACCAGAAGAAGGAGAAGAAGGACAACAAGAACGUUCACACCGACACCCAGGACAACAAGGUUCACGACAUGACCGACCAGGUCGUCCAGGGAAGUGGUGGGAACCAGAAGAAGGACAAGGGGAGGAGCAGAAACAGCAACGAGAAAACCCGUAUUAUCUUCCCUCCAAUAGGUUCGAAACUCGAUUCUCAAACGAACAUGGUCAGAUACGGGUCCUCCAAAAGUUCGACCAGCUGUCCCCAGACCUCCGAAUGCUCCGAUACUACCGGAUCGUCGAGUUCAGAUCCAGACCCAGCACCCUCGUCGUGCCUCACCACUCGGAUGCUGAGGAGGGCCAUAGUUACCCUUGUGCUUCCGAACUACAAAGAGUCUUUCAACCUCGAGCAAUUCGAUGUUUUGAGGGUUCCUGCAGGGGCCAUAUGUUAUACCAUUAACCGAGCCAGCAGUCAAGAUCUUGAGUUCAUCAAACUCGCUUUACCUGUUAACAUUCCUGGUCAAUUUGAGAACUUCUAUCCCUCGGGCAAUCAAAUUCCAAACUCCUACCUCAAAGCCUUCAACAGGAAGACUCUCCAGGCCGCCUUCAACGCCCCGUACGAGGAGAUUGAGCAGGCAUUUUGGGGAACAGAGCAGCAGCAGCAGCAACAAGGGCAGCAGGGUUCAGAAGAAGGAGUUAUAGUGAGAUUGCCAAGGGAACAACUUAGAUCACUGAUCAGCCGUGCCCAAUCAAGACAAAGAAGGGAAGAAAAAAGUUCACCAUUGGGUCCUUUCAACUUGAAAAACAUUCAACCUCGCUACUCCAACAACCAUGGUACCUUCCGUGAGGCUCACCCUCAACGCUUCGAAGCUCUUCAAGACCUGGGCAUCGGUGUCUCCCACCUAAGACUCAAUGAGGGAUCAAUGUUUCUGCCUCACUACAACACAAGAGCGAUAAUACUGGCCUUCGUUGCUGAGGGACAAGGACACACUGAAAUGGCGUGCCCACAUCUGGCAAGCCCUGAGGAACAGGAGGGAGAGUGUGGAUGUAGAGCGAGGCGACAGCGUGAGGGGGAACAAGAGCACAGAGAAGGACAGUUUAGGAGGGUGGCAGCUCAACUAUCCAAGGGUGAUUUUUACGUAGUUCCGGCAGGUCAUCCCGUGGCCGUCAGAGCCUCGAAGAACAGCAACUUGGAGGUCGUCGAGUUCAUCCUUAAUGCCCCCUACAACUUCAGGAACUUCCUCGCAGGCAAAAGUCAGAAUGUGCUGAAUGAGUUGGACAGAGAGGUGAAGGAAGCGGCGUUUGAAGGGUCCGGCGAACAAGUGGAGAGGCUGUUGAAUCGACAGAAGGAAUCGUUCUUCGUGGAUCGUGAGGAGCAACCAAGUAGGGGAGGCAGGUCGCCCAGACAAACUAAUAAGGUUGCUUGGUCUUCAAUCUUGACGGCUUUCAUGUGA